AUGAAUUUGUACAUUUUUGUCGCAAUCUCUUGGCUUGUAUGGUAUUCAAAUACGGAGCCAAUAUCCAUUCCCAUUAAGUUGGUUGACUUAUCUCCUGAUUCGCAUCGGCAUCCAAUCUUGAAAGAAACCGGUUUUGGAAUUUCAAAUUCUUCGAUAGAGGGAAGGCCCUUAAUAUUAACUCUGAUUCCGAUAGAUAAUGUAUUGAGGUCUCAAUUGCAGGCUUCAAUGCCAAUUAAAUGCAGCAACAUACAGCUUAAGACGUAUAGCCUGCCAACUGCCUGCCCGACUAAAACGAUAGCCUCUGGAUUGAAACCAACAUCCUCUUUACAAUGUAGUCCAUCUCCUGUAACUUUUUUGCCUUCGAUCCGCUCUUCAUCUGCUGCACUUUACACCUCUACUGUAAGUUGCUUGCCUUCGAUCAGCUCCUCGUCUGUUGUAAGUUGCUUGCCUUCGAUCAGCUCCUCGUCUGUUGCAAAUUAUUUGCCUUCGAUCAGCUCUUCGUCUGUUGCAAAUUAUUUGCCUUCGAUCAGCUCUUCAUCUUGUGUAGUUUACACCUCUACUGUAGGUUGUCUGCCUUCGAUCAGCUCUUCAUCCGCUACACUGAGCACUACUUGUGCUAAAUGCUCAACAGUAUAUAGUGAAACUACAAAGCGCUCCAAUUCUACUAGCACGCAAAGUCAAAAUUUGGUAAAGCCAUCUGAAAUUUCCAAGACUCUUCCAACCCCAACCACCGAACAAACUACGAUAAAAAAUUCGAAUACCGAAAUUCAGGGAAACAUCGACCCGUCCGUGAUUGACCCCAAAUUAAUUUAUGCCUUAAUUGCUGAUUUGAGCAAGUUUAAAAGCUAA